GUGGCUCAGAGACUGACAAGCUGAGUUGCCUGCUGGCGAAGCUCUUUGCGCCGAGCGAGGAGCAGGCUGAAGCUGCCAAAGAUCCUUCCAUUGUUCCGAACCUGCCGCAGCUGCCGAUUCCCUCUGCCUUCGAGGGAUUACUCAAUGGAGGUGCCGCGUUGUUCGACGUUCCUCUGAACCCAGAGGAUGUGCUGGCCGUCCUAGGCAGUGCAGCGGGCCGGUUGCCGCUCGUCGCCUUCUUGCAGGGCCUGGGAGGGCAUUUAGUGGGCGUCGAGAAGGACCCCGCGCAACACGCUAGAGCCCUUCUCGCGCUGCGCCGCUUAAGGGAUUUCCUUCACGCCUAUGGCGCUGGCUUAGUCGACGGCAGCGCAACAUGCGCAGACCAGGCAGCCAAAGGAGACUGUACGAAGGACCCGACCGUGGUAUCCAGAUGCCCUCAGUCCUGCUACAACAGGACGCAGCCUAGUCUUCUGGAAUGGAAGGGCAGGUCAGUGUCCUUUCUUCCACAAGCUCAGACCAGCACAAACCUCUCUCUGGUGACGGUCGUCAUCCUGGAACAGGAUGGGGCCUCUGGGACGGCGGACCGGGCGAAAGACUUAGCUCCCGUAACUGCCAAGCUAGAGGCAGAGCUUGCACCGGGCUCUGUGGUUUGGAGCAUGGACGCUCUACGGCUGCGUGGAGCAACUAUGCAGGAGGCAGAGCCCACUGACCCGCCCGAGGAAGGCAAGCCAGCGAAAAAGCCGGCAAUGAUUACCGUGCCGGCUGGCGGCUUGGUCUUUCUCCGCCGCUUCCAUGUUGCUGCCCAGUGGUCCUUAGACGUGCCUGUUCACGUCUACUUGCGGGUCCCAGCACCGCCAGCAAGCCUGCGGCCCGCUUGGCCGGUUUCUCUCGAGGCAGCCACAAAACUGCAACGAGCAGCCACGGAGGAACUCCAGCGAUUGGGUGCCAUGCGUUUGUCGGGGGCGGUCCUGUCGGAGAUGCGCUUCACCGAUGCGAGCGUGGCUACCUAUGGCGCACGCGAGACAGGUGCAAGGCGCCUGGCUCGCGCCUUCGGCAGCCCCGUUGCAGCGCUGGGCUCUAUCGGGCCCGACUGGUGUCGCUGCCGGCCCCGGAAGACGGACCAGGCGUUUGAGGUGGGCUCGCUGAGCCUCCUGGCGAUGUUCCUGCUUUCGGUGCACAGUCCUGGAGGCCAAUGUGCCGUCCCACCCUGCACAGCAGCCGACAAGCUCGUGGCUGUAGCCACAGCUGAGUUGCGCAAGCAGCUGCUGUCGGGGAAUGCCGAGAGCGCCGAUCUCCCGCCACAAGUGCUCAGAGACCUCGGAUGCCUUCGUCUGUCGGAUCAGCGCACGCUCUUGCAUGCGGCCCUGGGGCGCAAGGACUUACAGCUUGCACGUGCCGUAUUGCGAAGCCAGGGCCACGGCGGCCUUUUCUGCCGGGACUUCGAGGGCCGCACGGUUCUGCACCACGCUGCGGCAGGCGGCAACAGCGCAUCAACUCUGGAGGGACGCGAGGCAAACAUGUCUGGCGCUCUGCAACCACGGGUGAAUGCCAGCACAGCCACUGAGUGGGUUCUGUCCCAGAUGAAAGCCCAUGCCGUAGACAUGGUGUCUGCAACAGACGCAGCAGGGCGCACGGCCGUUUUCGCCGCCGAGGACGCGGCGACCCUGCGGCUCCUAGCAGAGGCGCCUCAGUCCCUGGAUCUUUUCGCUGCGGACACCGCUGGCCGAAGCUUGGUUUGGUAUGCUGCGGCGCUUAAUCGGCAGGAGGUUCUCUCAGAGCUCCUUUGCGAGCCGGGCGACCUGCCUCCGAAUCACACCGAGUCGAACGACACGGUGGCCUUGAAACCACAGAGCCCCAAAGCCAAGAAAGCCUUGGAAGCUGGCUCUCAAGAUCCGGGUGCCUCGCCUUUCCUGGCGGCAGCGCGGCAGCAUGCAGGGCCGCGGUGCACUGGUCUCGGAAAAGCCACGGACCAAGCCCAGCAGACCCUUGAUGUCCUAGCCUAUUGCGGAGGCCAGCGCCCGGAAGAGCUGGACGU